AUGGACGUUGCUACCUUCCACAAGACCCCUACUAUCCUCAGCCAACUUCGCUACAACUAUAUCACACCUAGCCUUAUACCAGCCAGCACAACCUCCCUUCUUCAACCUCUCGAUACUGCUAUCAACAAGCCCUUUAAGCAGUGGCUAUCAGAAGCAACCGACGACUACGUCUACCAAUUAGAGCAGUCUACCCAGGCCAGCAGCAGCAGCCAGCCACUUAUAUGGUCAACGUCAGCAAAGCGUAUUAUGGUCACCCAUACUGUGGCAACAGCUGCCCGCCGCCUGGCCUCUGCCGAGAAGGCAGAGAUGGUCCGGCAAUCCUUUCUCCAGUGCGGUAUUUCUGGCUGGCCAGAUGGCAGCGAUAUCUCGAAGAUACGGGUGAAGGAUAUACCUAUCGAGACGGUUCUGUGGGAUGGAUGGGAUACCUUUGACCUCGAUAAGCGCAUCAAAGAGGAAUUAGCCGAUGACCCAGAGAUCCUCGAGGAUGCUGAUGGGGACAAUACAGAGUACAUAUCUACAGCAGAGGACGUCCAGCAGCCCAUUGGAAAUAACCCAUUGGCGCCUGUUGACUUGACGAGGCCCAUGCGGCCGUGGGACCUCUAG